CGCCAGAGCCACGGCGCCCCGCGGCCCGCGCACGGCGCUUCCAAGGCUGCGUCCUUGCACUGGACGGGUGAGCGAGCCGUCAGCGUCCUGCUGCUGGGCCUCCUUCCUGCAGCCUAUCUGUGUCCGGGACCGGCCGUGGACUAUUCCCUGGCUGCAGCCCUCACUCUCCAUGGUCACUGGGGUCUCGGACAGGUUAUAACUGACUACGUCCAUGGAGAGAUGCCCAUUAAAGUGGCCAAUGCAGGUCUGUAUGUGCUCUCAGCCGUUACCUUCGCUGGCCUCUGCUACUUUAACUACCACGAUGUCGGUAUCUGCAAGGCUGUGGCCAUGCUCUGGAGUCUCUGAGGUGUGACCAGGUCCCUGACAAACAUGAUUGUUCACUGCUGCCUCUGCUUUAUUGUGUUUUUACAGAGAUGUU